AUGGUGAAGAAUCCUAAUUCAAUGCUUUUAGAACCUCUCCGCGAGAAAGAUUCCAUUGUCAGUGUGGCUAGCACGUCUACAGCUCCACCUGGCCAUCUACCAAGCACUCCACUUGCCUCCCCGACGCUUUCAGAAGAGCCUCUUCUGGACCAACAUCCCGAAUGGAUUCAGAAUCCAAAAGCGACCCGAUUUCUUGUCGGUUUACUGACAAGUAUGUAUGUAUUGCUACUCACUAUUGUGUCCUGCCUUAUCUCCUUAUCAUCCGCAUGGCAAUCACCUGAUCUAUGGCUAGCGGAGACGAUAUUCUCACUUUUGAUGUACGGUAUUGCCAUACUAUUUUUCAUUUACACUUAUUUUAUGGUAAUCUAUCCAAAGCCAAUCAACGCUUUGAUCAUGUUUCUGAACAAGAAGAGACCAUCUUGGGUGCCAAGACCAGAUAGAUGGCUCAUCCCGCCACCGUUACAUAAUGGAGAAGGUGCUGGAACCCUCUAUCUACGACUUGGAGCUCUUUUAUUCGGAACACUUGGCAGUGUCCUUUGGGGCUGCGAGAUCUACCUUUGCUUCUCUGGCGAAUGCGUUCAUCGUUUGGUGUCUGCCAAAGACAUUGCCGCGAUAAUUUUCACUUUUCUCCAAAUGCAUUUCAUCGUUUGCAACUCGAAAAUCACAUUUCAUCGGAAUAACCAUCUUGCGAGCUUUGGAAUGAUGCAUUGUGUAGCUGUGAAUAUCUGGACAUGGUUUUCAAUGUGUUUGGUGAAAGCGCAAGUGAAACGUCUCAAGAAGGAGAAGAAGGAAUUGGAACACCAAAAGAAUUCGACAGCUAGCUAUUCUGAAUCCUCCUCCUCAUCUUCAUCAUCAUCGUCGGAAGAACUCGAAGCCACUACAGUACUAGAAGGGAUAGUAGAAGUUGUAGUGGAGAAAAUGAAGCCAAUAAUGAUGUCCACAAAUUCAUCCUCUGCGAAAACUUAUUCUUCCAACAACUACACAACUUCAAACCACACUCUUCUCCGAAUGCAAUCUAUGGCUCGACUAGGAGACAUCUCCAGUUUCUUGCUGACCUGUCUCGUAGAAUAUUCUUUGAUCGGGGCCGCUGUCUGCUUCAUAAUUUGGAAAUACAUGGGUGCUACAAGUACGGAAGAGAACGUUGAUAAGAGGAAGAAGAAGUUGAGAAUGGAUUGUACGAGUACUACAGUCGGACUGUUCGCUGGCAUCUUCUUCAUGACUGCGGCAUUUGUGACGAUUGGAAUUUACACAAUGUUGUACAAUAAGAAGAACUAUGGAGGUUCUGAUUUGAUCCUUGGAAUUGUGUGCCUGAUUUUGUUCUGUGUAGCACUGAUAGCAACGAUUUUCGGGUCAUGGAGAAUGCGUGUCCUCCAAUACCGGUUACAUGCUCAUGGAGAAGUCAUUGAUGAGAUUCUGCUUAUCAUUGGACUUGUAGGAGAAUUGGUUUACUGUUCGAUAGGAUUUGAUAUGAUAAUCAAUGGAAAACGAACCGGAAAAGAUGCCCCAAACCUCGCCAUCGCAGUUUUCACAUUUCGAAUCGUUCAAGUUAUCGUCCAAGCCAUCUACAUCCUGAUUGCAUCUAGAUUAAGAUGCUUGUCAGCUACAAAUGCCCAAUACCAACCUGGAAAACAGACAUUGACAUUUCUAAUCAUUAUCAAUAUCACCCUAUUCGUCUAUCAUGUUUUCGAGGGAAUGAAGAACAUGUAUGGAUUCCCGAGUAUCAUGGAAAACAAAUACUUCGAGCUCCUCAACAUUUCUUCUCCUCUGGUGGUCUUUUAUAGAUUCCACAGCUCCGCUUGCCUGGCGGAAAUCUGGAAGCACACCUACUCAACAAAACAUAACCAUCAUCAUCAUAAUGUACAGUCUCCGAUAAGCUCUCCGAUUAAUUCUCCGAUGUCCGAUGCUUCUCAUCAUCAUCAGCAACUUGUCUAA